GGGCGGGCGGGCGGCGGUUGCAGAUCCCGCCCCGCCGGGCAUGGAGGGCGAGAGCACGACGGCCCUGCUGCCGGGCUGCGUCUUCGGCGCCCUGGCUUUCCACCACUGCAACGCCGACUCGGACGCGCAUGCUGGUUCAGAAUAUUGAAUCCGAAUAAGCAGUCUUAUAAUUUCCCUGCAAUAUUUCCAGCAAUUACGUUGCAUCUGAUAUAUUCUUCUUCUCUGGUUAUAAAGGAAGGCUUCCUUCUUGGGGAUGUGAAAGGUGAAGCCAAGAACAGUAUUACCGACUCUCAGAUGGAUGAUGUUGAAGUAGUAUAUACAAUCGAUAUACAAAAGCACAUUCCAUGCUACCAGCCUUUCAGCUUUUACAACUCCUGUGGAGAAGUGAAUGAACAUGCACUGAGGAAAAUACUGUUGGGUUGCAAAAAGACUGUGGUGGGCUGGUACAGACUCAGGCGCAAUACUGACCAGACAAUGACCUUCAGAGAGCAACUCCUCCAUAGGGCUUUACAAUCACAUUUGUCAAACCAGGGCCUUGUUUUUCUAUUAUUAACUUCCAUGGUAACCUCAUCCAGCUCAUCUACAUACAAACUUGAAUAUGCCUUGCAUAAACCACAAGAGGGUCUUUUCCAGAAGGUUCCUCUUGUUGUUGCCAAUCUGGGAAUGGCAGAAUUGCAAGGCUACCGAACAGUUUCUGGUUCUUGUACUUCUUCUGGCUUUUGUAGAGCGAUUGCAGAACACAGGUCAGAAUUUUUUAAUGAAGAUGGGUCUCUAAAGGAGGUGCGUAAGAUUAAUGACAUGUGUGCUACUUUGCAGGCGGAACUGAAGGCUUCAUGCAGUAAAGUAGUGGAUAGCGAAAGAUCAGUAGAGAAUCUACUCGCAGAAGUGGAUAAACUGAAACAGGAAGUAAGACGGAAAAAGGGACAGAUAAAAACUGCAGGUAUGACUAGAAAUCGCCCCGAUGAGCCAAAAGAGAACAUUUUCCUCUGUCAGGCGUUGCAACACUUUUUCCCAAAAUCUGGGCUGCAGACAAGUAUUGUUACCUUAAAAGGAAGAGAGAUUUCAAAAUACUGCUGCAACACUGACCACCAGAUCGAUGUAGCAGACCGGUUAACCUUAAUGUUAAAAGGAAAUAGUUUCCUUGAAGAUGAGACCAGGCAACUAGUUAAACGAAAAUCUACUGGGACUGCCACUGGACUAAAACCAUUCAAAAGACUUCGAUCUCUACAACUAUUUCAAAAAGAUCACGAGAACAGCGACCAGGAAAAACACGUAACGAGUAAUACUGAAAUGGAGGACAAGAUAAUGAAAGAUCCGGUGUCUCCAAGCCUCUAAUUUUUUGCAAGUGGAUAAUUUAUUACAUCGAGUGAAUGCACUACACUCUCCCUCUGCAAAAUGGUGCAUAGUUAUUCUCUGUUGAUCUAUCAUUCAAGGGUACAAACAAUAUUAAGCUACUAGUAAAAACAUAAACCAGCACUAUCCCUGUAAUCUGGGGAAAAUGAGGCCACAAUGCUUUUUCCUCAACUGAAUUUAUACACAUUUUCUCAGGGAAUAUCAUAGGACAAGAAUGCAACGAACAGCGUGUCUUGCCUUUUGAAGAUGCUGUGCAUCAAACAUUGUUAACGAUUUGAAAGCCAGCCUUGAUACAAAGAUUUCCUCUGCAAUACCGUAGAAGUCUAAUAAUCAGGUUUUUGAAACCACUGUUAAUAACUCACAACGUGCGUGAAACGAGAUCUGCAACUAAAAGUGGAAUUCUGUGCACACUUAUUCAGGAAUAAACCCCAGCGAUGUGUGGGAUUGAUUUUGAAGCAAA